CUUUUAUUAUAUACGAAAGUUAGUUUUUAAAUUCGAUAACAAAGCUACGCCUUUCUGCGAAAGGCUAGCCUUCUAUCUAUACUCUGAAAACAUCCUUACUACCAUACUCCGCAGGGAUGGACUGAUAGAAAAUGUGCUUGCAAUACAAUACAUUGUUAAAUGCUCCUCAAGAUAAUGCAACAUAUUUGGUAGUGGUCAUGAAAUUUGAGAUUCUCGCACGCAUUCAUCAAUUCCAGUGCUCCAAACCAACCGGUGUGCACCCCAGGACUUGGUUCGAUCCUCUUCAAGUCUAGGAUUCCUAUCCCAUUGAUUACCAGAAAACUUCGAUGUGGUUGACUUUAUUUUGAACGAGAUCAAUUACCAGGUGUAGUCAAACCGCAAUUGAAAGCACUACAAGUGUCA